GUCAACGCUAUUCUUCAGUGAUCCCGUACACACGCCUUCCGGUCAUUCCACAGCUGCGUUCUGAUAUUCCGUUCAAGUUGUCACUUUCCCAGGCAAUGGCCAAAAAUAUGCACGCUUCUCUUCAGGAACUGUCGUCACCUUUCAACUUCCAUGCCCGUCGUUCAUCGUGUUCCGAAGUGCUAUGCUCCCUCCGUUGAUGAACUUAAAACCCUCCCUGGGGGUUCCAGAACAGCACGGGACUGGGCUUUGGGGCGUCUAUAUAACAGAAAACCACUCGAAACUAGAGGAGCGAAGCACAAUGCAGGACCUCCCCGUGGAUCUUGCGUCUCUCGUAGGCCUUUGGUGCACAUCGGUCUUAUAUGGCAUCCACCUGGUCCUAUAUCUCAGCUGCGUCAGCCUGCUUACUAGGCGUAGGUGGAUCUUACUCGGGAGCGCGACUCUCCAGUUCAUCAUCUCAACCAUCCACAUUGCGGCGGGCCUGCGUUCCCUGAUAGAAGCGUUUAUCUGGCUUAGGGACCCCAACGGUUCCACAGAGUACUGGAAUAAUCAGACUCGGUUCGUCAAUGUCCUUCAAGAAUCAGCUACCAUCACGAAUUGCAUCGUCGGCGACGUGGUGCUACUCUGGCGAUUAUAUGUGAUUUGGGAUAAGAGCUUGAUUGUGUCUCUCUUCCCUGCUCUCAUGGUUCUGGCCUUCGGUGUCUGUGGAUACAUUACCAUAUAUCAUUUAUCCAGCCUCAUCGCUUUCAAUCCCGAAUCCGUGCAUGCUUUAUAUCGAUGGCUCCAAGCUUCUUGGUCGCUGUCCUUGGCAACGCAAAUUUGCGUCACAGGCCUGAUAGUGGCGCGCAUCUGGUGGAUGACGCGAAGAACAGGAUCCUGGCAACUGAGUGCAAAGUCUCAGCCUUACAUGGACGUUAUCUGGAUGAUCGUGGAGUCCGGUGCAAUAUCGGCGUUCACGUCUACGCUCUUUCUCGUUUUCUUCAAUCUCAAGCCGCAGAUUAGCAUUAUUUUGGGGGAUUCGCUCGGGCAGAUUAGCGCAAUCGCUCCGGCGUUGAUCAUCUUCCGUGUGGGGCUGGGCGCCAAAGUGAAGACAGAUACCUUGGAUUCGUCGUAUGAGCUUCACACGCGAACUGCAUUGCACGUCACUGUGGAGCAUUCGGUAUUUUCAGAUCAGAGCUAUUCAAAGCCGGAGAAUCAGUCGGCGGAGAACUCUUCCUGGCAGUACAGAGCAUAGCAAAGAUGACGAAGCCUUUCUUUUUUGUACAGUGAUUUUCUUUCUCUUGUUCCAUCCUCGUCUUCGGAACAGCGCGGAGGAUAUUGCAACUGUCAUUCCAAUCAAUAUACCCACUGUGCUAUAAUUUGGUGGUUGCUAAAUGUGUAUGAGUACUUCGUCUUUAUGUGAGAAUAUUUGUAGCAUUCUUAUCAUUUAUAUAUACGGUCGCAAACGAGCAAUUCAAUCAUCGCC